AUGGCAAGGCACUCUCAACUUUGGAGUCACAACAAAUGCAAACCAGCUGCACCUAAACAGGAAAUGGCCCACCGAUUACGGACUCUGAUGCAGGAGCAGCACUACCAACAGCCGUGGGUGGCCAGAGCUCUGACAGGAAAGGUUUGCCUCGUGAUGCUUGAAGAAAAUAGAAGACCAGAUGUUGAUACCGGUAGAAUGGACCGAGGAAGACAAGACAUGGACAGGCAUACAGAGUAG